AUGGCUUUCCUUUUGAUCCCUCUUUUGACAGCAAUAAUGUUUUUGGUUAUGUCGAUAUUAUCGGUGAAGAAUAAGAAGAUGAAUAAUCUUAUGAAUAAGAAGAAGAGAUUGUUGCCUCCCGGUGAAUUAGGGUUGCCAUGGAUUGGAGAAACACUUGAUUUUUAUCGAGCGCAAAAAAAGAAUAAGAUUUUAGAAGAAUUCAUACAACCGAGGAUUGACAAGUACGGGAAGAUCUUCAAGACGAGAAUAAUGGGAUCACCAACGGUGGUAGUGAAUGGAGCCGAUGCCAACCGGUUCUUCCUCUCGAACGAGUUUAAAUUAGUGGUGAGUGCUUGGCCGUCUUCGUCUGUUCAAUUAAUGGGUAAAAACUCUAUUAUGGAAAAACAAGGAGAAUCUCACCGUUUCAUUCGUGGGAUCAUUUCAUCGAGCCUAAAUCCUAACGGGUUGGAGUCGAUUGUGCCCAAGAUAUGCAAAUUGGUUCAAUCUCAUUUGGAUAAGCAUUGGGACGGACAAGAAAGUGUUCGGCUUUACGACAUGACAAAGACUUUAACGUUAGUUAUAGUCUUCGAAUGCUUGUUCGGUGUGGAUGAAGUCGAACCAACAUCGACUUUGGCUAACUUUGAGAAAGUGUUGGAAGGAGUUUUCGCCACUCCAAUUGAUUUUCCAGGGUCGAGAUUCUCAAGAGCGAAGAAAGCUAGGGUAGAGAUAGGAAAUGCGAUACUUAAAAUUGUAAGAGAGAAAAAGGAAGAGAUGAACAGCCAAGAUGAAUCAUCAUUAGGAGGAGAAGAUCAAACAUUGAUAUGGCGGUUGGUGACAGCGUUAAGGCGAGAAGAGAUGAGCGAGGAAGAGGUAGUGGAUAAUAUGAUACUUUUGGUGUACGCAGCCCACGAUACGACUUCUUUCGCCAUUGCAAUGACGUUUAAGAUGCUUUCUCUCCAUCCACACUCUUAUGCCCAACUCCUUCAAGAACACAAUGAUAUAAUGAGAAGCAAGAAAGACAAUGAAAGGCUAUUAACCUUUGAAGACACAAAGAAACUAAAGUACACAUGGCAAGUUGCUAGAGAAAGCAUGCGUCUUUUUCCUCCCAUCUUCGGCUCCUUUCGCAAAGCCAUUACCGACAUCGACUAUCAAGGUUUCACCAUUCCUAAGGGAUGGAAGGUAUUAUGGACAACGUAUGGAACACACAACAAUGAAGAAUAUUUCAAGGACCCGCAAACAUUUGACCCUAGCCGAUUUGACGAGACAUCCUCACCGUCGAUCCAACCCUACGUGUUUAUACCUUUUGGAGGUGGUCCCCGGUUAUGCGCGGGGUAUCAGUUAGCAAAGCUGAACAUCCUUGUUUUUGUACAUUAUGUCGUGACUCGCUACAAUUGGUCUAUGAUGAAACCGGAUGAGCCCAUUGCAAUGGAUCCUCUACCAUUCCCAUCUUAUGGAAUGCCCAUUAGAAUUUCACCCAAAUAGUCAUUAUUAUUAGGAAGGGAGAUCAACAAGAAUU